GUUGACUGUCUUUCUGCAUCCCCCCCUCCGAAUCCCUCCCUCAAUCGCUUGUCGUUUGUCGCCUGUCGCCUGUCGCUGUCCGAGUCGCUCGUCUGUGCUCGCCCUCCCCCCCGCGACAGCCCUCGUCGUUGCCCGCAGUUUCUCUGCCUCAGACGUCACCCCCCGCCUUCUCACCACCACCACCACCACCUCCUCCUCCUCCUCCUCUAAAUUACUCCUCCAUCCCUCCAUCCUCUCUCCCUCUCUCUGCAACUCCACCUUCCGCAGACCUUCGAUCGGAAAUCCCUCUCCAACUCCCUCCCACAAUCACUCCUAUUUUCACCACCGGUAACCCGACUCCGACAGACCCAAUCAUGGCCGUCCGUGCGCAGUUUGAGAACUCCAACGAAGUUGGUGUCUUCGCCCGUCUUACCAAUUCAUACGCCGUCGUUGCCAUCGGUGCCUCCGAGAACUUUUACAGUGUAUUCGAGGCCGAGCUCCAAGACGUCAUUCCGAUCUGCCAUGCCACCAUUGCCGGAACCCGUAUUGUCGGCCGUCUCACGGCUGGUAACCGCAAAGGCCUCCUCGUCCCUACGACCACAACAGACCAAGAACUCCAACAUCUCCGGAAUACCCUGCCCGACUCGGUCAAGAUCCAACGGAUAGAGGAGCGGCUCUCGGCCCUAGGAAAUGUCAUCUGCUGCAAUGACCACGUCGCGCUGAUCCACCCGGAUCUCGAGCGCGAAACGGAAGAGAUCAUCGCCGAUGUUCUCGGCGUCGAAGUCUUCCGACAAACCGUCGCCGACAACGUCCUGACUGGCUCCUACAUGGCUCUCUCCAACCAGGGCGGUAUCGUCCACCCCAAGACCUCCAUCCGCGACCAGGAUGAACUCUCCUCCCUCCUACAGGUGCCCCUUGUCGCCGGUAGUGUCAACCGCGGUAGCCCCGUCGUCGGUGCCGGCAUGGUCGUCAACGACUGGCUGGCCGUCACGGGUCUGGAUACCACCGCCACCGAGCUGAGUGUCAUUGAGAGCGUGUUCCGGCUGGGUGAGAUGGGCCCUCGCGGCAUUGGAGCGGGUGGUGCCAACAAGGAGAGUAUCGUCGAGAGUUUCUACUAGAGGAGUUUUCUUCCCCCUGUCUCUUUGGUGUCUUUUUUUUACCCUUUGUUCAGUCUGUCUAUGUGUGAUGGUUUAUGUCUUCUAUCUUUCUCUCUCUAUGAAACAUACUCGAAUACAUUCGAAGAUCCCCUCAUGGUGUGUGUAUGUCACGAAUGGUUAGAUACGGGAACGGGACGGAAUUCAAUCCAGG